AUGCUCCGUUUGCCCAACCAUCCCCGCCGCCCCGUAGGAAUCCAAACCAUCGAUCAGCCUCAAAUCAUCCAACAGCUGAUUUCACCCCCAAUAGUCCGCCCACCACCACCGCUGCCACAGUGGCUUCAACAGCAGCAGCUCAAAAAACGCAAGCUCAGGCAACCUCAACCGGAAGAAGCCGUUCCACCUAAGCCUACUACUGCCGUCAGCCGCAAACCUCGCUCGCGGAUACCUUUCCAAUGGAGGCUGCCAUCCUCUUCCGCUUCCUCUGCCGGUGGUUCUACCUCCAAUCAGGCUUCCUUGCCCAACUUGUCAUCUGAGCAGGUUCUGCCUGAUGAUACCUCACAACCUUACCCCGGUCCAAACAAUCCCUCUCAGAAAGUACCUCAUAAGAAAUCCUCGAUCUUCCACAGCCUCGUCAGAUCUCAUUCAAUUUCUUCCAAUGUUUCAGCAUCAUCAACUUCUGCUGCUUCCUAUCUGACUGCAAAUCGGCCCCAAGCUGCCCCUCGGAGUUUGUCAAACCAUUCUGAUUCAAUUGCUAGUCGAUCUUCUUCAAGUGGUUCGGCCAUCCUCAAAUCUAUCUGUUCCGAUGAGUCUAUUGAAACACACCCUCGACCCACCUGUACUACCUCAAGUCCACCUGCCGGUAGCCAUCCCAGUUCUUCCUCAUCCUCCUUACAUCCUUCACUCAACUGUCCCACAGACUCCGAAUUCGAGUCCCUGUCCGAUGACCACGAGGAGGUUCUCUCUUCUCAUUCUCAUCUAACCUCACUAGCCGCCGCUCGAGCUACCGUUCGUACUCCAUCUCCUGGGCCAUUCAUCUCCAACUCCAGCACCCAUAGUCUUGGAUCAGUCUCCCAGUCAAGAGUUUCAGAAGCAUCCUGUCCCCCAAUCAGUUCUCCCCCACCUCAAUGUCCUUUGCCGCCAUCCCCCUCGGAUACAACCCAUGACACUCUCUCCCAGCCUUUCAGCGAACUGCCCUUUGCUUGUCCUUCGCCCAACAUGCCCAGUCAUCGCGUCACCAACCGACAAGGACGACCGAAACUGGCCCAAGCUCCUCCACUUCCGCGUUCCCGGACACCAUCGCUGGUUAUUCGCCCCAAGUUUGCCUCCAGCCAACACAACCUCGAUCUCACAACCCACAGUACCUCAUCCAAAUGCAGUUCCGACGCGCAUCAUCCCCACAACAACGCGCCCGAUCACGUAGAUCUGCAAGAUCGUCCCAUAUCUGGACCCCCCAAGAGUGAAAUGAUGCGCGGCCUUGGAUGGGGCCGUGCCCCGAUCGAUCCUCCGCGUCUGAUCUCUCCCUCACCCAGUCUCGUCCAGAACCCCUCGCUAUCAGAUCUGUCGAUCAAUCGCCCUCUACAGGAUGCAAUCAUUGCCGAUUAUCUGCUCGCACCUCAUAGCUCCAAUGAACCACCACAGCCAAGUCAGCUUUCAUCGCCACAGGAGACCCCGCUGCUCAAUCGGACAAAGACAUUCAAGGAUCGAUUCACGCUAGCCAGCACUGCUCCCUUAAGAUUAUCCAAGAGACAGCAUGUCCGUCAUCAAAGUACGGCGUCGGGUACCGGUCGGAGCAUUGCCAGCAGCUUGUUCGGAGCCCUCAGCCCUACGAGCAACCGACACACAGUCAUGGAUCCCGAGGAUGAAAAGCGCAAGGUCGAAUUCAAGAGGAUGAUUAGUUAUCCAGUUCUCAAUCAUUGUACUAGCGGCGAUCAUGACACGUCGAACGCAGAUGACUUGAAAAACUACCAGAGUGAACCAGAAUUGGAUGGUUACAAUGUUAGCAUCGAGGCUGCUAUGCGUUCACUCGAAGGCAUCAAACCUCCCGAGAUAGAUUCCAUCACUAAGCCAGCAGGAUCCACCAAGUUCACGUCAAAUGAGCUGGAAGACCGGCCGAUCUCUUGGACUUUCGAAGACAAGCCAGAUCUAUCAGAUUUCGAAGCCAGUCGCGAGUUUAGUUUUACUGGUGCAAAGUCCGAUGCUUGGACGCAGAAGCUGAAGAGAAGGGUGUCUGUGAACCGGUUGAUGAUCAAGUCAAGGAACAAUCAAGCCAGCUCACCCUCUCCUGUUAGUCGCAGCAAGAAUAGUCCCGAUAGUGGAUUUCGGCAGUAUAAGGUCGCCCAGAAACAAUUGAGGAACAAAGCAAGUGCCCGGCUGAGGCCACUGAUACGCAAAGUCUCCUCUGUAUCUGGUAGGCAACGUGCCUGGACCGCCGAGUCCGAAAGUAGAGUGGCCUUCGAAGCCCAUAAACUUGAUAGAACCGGGGAGGAGAAUGAAGAGGAAGAGUUGCUGGCGUUAGGUCGAACUCCCACCCGGCGUGCCAAUCCAGAAAGACUGAUUAAUUUCAAGGCUGAGAGUCGUCUUCGAGCGAUUCGAUCAUCAAUUUCCAGGGGUCAUACUCCCCGUAGCGCCUCUUCGCCGACGGUCAGUCUAAUCACCCCACAACAAAAUAAACCGUUCCUGAGGUCCAGCCAAUCGAUUCGAGAGAAGCGCAAGAUCUUUGAGCGACCUAUCAACCCAUCCUCCGAUUCAAUUCCCCGCUAUUCAUGUUCGGCACACUCAUCCUUGGCCGUCUCGAUCGCGUCCUCCAGCCACUCUACAUCCAUGGGCACUUUGUCAUCAACCUCGGCUGUCGACCGACGAUCCAGUGUCCCAAGUGAGAGACGACAUUCCAAGCGCAAGCCAACGCCUGCAGAGAUCAAGUUGAGAGAUGAGACCCAAAGCGUCAAAGCUCCUGGUAGACAAAUUUGA